AUGGCAAACAAGAAUCAAUGGCCGAAGCUUGUGGAGCUCAACGAGGUUGUUCCCGCGGAUCGAAUGGCAGAAGAUCAGCUCCGCAGAAAGAUCCAACUUGCUUCCGACAUCGGGACAGGGGGCAUCCUGAGGAACCCGUUAUACUCUGACAAGUCAAGCUGCAAGACAUCCUUCAUGGAAGAGAAGACGAACGUGGACGACGCUAUGAAAGAACAUGCCUUGCAUCUGCAGCAGAAAGAGUUCCUGGUGCAAGCAACAGAGCAAUUAUGCAAGAUCAACACAAACAUCGAGAAGCUGAACGCAAACAAGCUCAAUCUCUACAACCUCAAGGCUUCUACCGCGAAAGAAGCAUUCAUGAUCAGUGAGCAGAAUGAUCGAGCAGCUGCCUGGAGGAGGCACGAAGAUUUGGACACCAUCUAUCACGCUUUCAGCGGAGAAGAAGGAAGAUGGACAGGAGCUGACAUUGCCAUUGUUUGUAAAGCCUUUCAGGUUGUUGAAAGGAACAAGAUGUUUGUUUUUGUGUUGACAUGUGCGAAGGGACUCGGGAUUGGUGUGACAGAGUUGGAGCUGCAGAGAGUUCUAAAGACAGAUGUCGAUCGAGCUGUUAAGUUUCAACCAUCUCGGAAAAGGGAUGUUCCGACUUUGAGGACAAUCCUUGCAAGUUUGGACGUUGACAUGUCUCGUGCGAUCUCAUCAGAGUUGUUGAUGAGAUGUGAGAGACCAAAGGCUGAUUACAAGAACCUUUCUAUUGAUGUCCAUGUAGAACAUGUCGACUUGAAGUACAAACUCGAAAGAAUCAACAAGAUCAAGGCAAGAGUUGCUACUCUUCUGCAACAUGGUAUCAUCGAACAGGCGCAUCGUGAUGUUCAAGAAGCCAUGAAGCUUGACCCUGUCGACCCUAAGCUGAAAGAGCUCGAAGCCAAAGUCUUGCAAGCAAAGACGACCAACCAGCAGAACAAAGUUAGCGAGGUAUCGACAACCUUAGACGCCAUGAUGAACGCGAUAACGAGCAAGACAAGUCAACCAACUCAAGAUACAGAUGUUCCAACUUCAAGUUCCGGUCAGUUUGAGCUCAAAGUUGAGGAGAAAGAGAUGAGAAAUGACAUGUUGUACUAUCAGUAA